AUGCAGUACCUCCACUUCCUUGCUGUCGCUGCGGCGGCUUCUGCCUUCCCCACGGCCUUUGCCAGCGGCGUCGAGUCGCGCGGCAUCGAGAACUCGGCCAACUUUAUCCCUGUCGAGGCCACCCUGGCCGGUCUGUCGGGCGUCGUCAACGGCGUCAAGACGGGCAAGCGCGGCAUUGAGAACUCGGCCAACUUUGUCCCCAUCCAGGGCACCAUUGCUGGCCUCUCGGGCGUUGCCAACGGCAUCGCCACCGGUGCCGAGAAGCGCGGCAUCGAGAACUCUGCCAACUUCAUCCCCAUCCAGGGCACUAUUGCUGGCCUCUCGGGCGUUGCCAACGGCAUCGCCACCGGUGCCGAGAAGCGUGGCAUCGAGAACUCGGCCAACUUUGUCCCGAUCCAGGGCACCAUUGCCGGUCUUUCCGGUGUUGCCAACGGCAUCGCCACGGGCGGCGAGGAGAAGCGCGACCUCAAGAAUUCUGCCAACUUUGUGCCGAUCCAGGCCACGGCUGCGCUCCUUUCCGAGGUCGAGAACGGCAUCAAGACGGGCAAGCGCGACAACAUUGAGAACUCGGCCAACUUUAUCCCGAUCCAGGCCACGGCGGCGCUGCUUUCGGGCGUCGAGAACAACAUUGCCACUGGACAGGAGGCCUAUGAGCACAAGGCCGACGAGAUGAAGCACGGCCACCACGCCAAGCGCCACGACGACGACAUUGACAACCACGCCAACUUUAUCCCGAUCCAGGCCACGGCGGCGCUCCUGUCGGGCGUCGAGAACGGCAUCCAGGCGCGCGCCCCGCUCGCCGCUGGCCUCAACGGCAACCCGACCGACCUCCUCACGGGCGCCACCGGCGACUCGAGCCCGCUCAAGAGCCUCAUCCGCCGCUACGCCGCCGACCACGACGGCCGUCGGCCAGCGCCCGCGCCCGCGCGGCGAGGCGCCGGCGCCGGCAUGUGCUCGAUCGGCGAAGUCAAGUGCUGCAACCAGGUCAUCGAGGACCACAGCAAGAAGGAGGCCCUCGCUGGCCUGGCGGGCAUCAACGACGUCCUUGCCGGCAACAUCGGCCUCAACUGCAACUCGAUCCCCAUCAUUGGCGCCACGAUCCAGAACCAGUGCAAGAGCUCGCCCGUGUGCUGCCAGAACGUUACCCAGGACGGCCUCAUCAACUUUGGUUGCAUCUCGCUCCCGAUCAACUAA